AUGUCUGGCUACGAAGGCGGAUACGGCGGUGGUGGUCGCGGCGGCGGCGGCUACGGUGGUGGUGGCUACGGCCGUGAUCGCAGUGAUCGCGGUGACCGCAAUGGUCACGGUGGUGGUGGUUACGGAGGCCGAAACAACGGAUACGGCAACGGUGGUGGCUAUGGCGGCGGCGGCGGUGGUGGUUACGGUGGUGGUGGUUAUGGAGGCGGCUACGGAGGCGGCGGCGGCGACCGCAUGGGCGGCCUCGGCGCUGGUCUCAAGCAACAGGAGUGGGAUGUUUCCACCCUGCCCAAGUUCGAGAAGUCUUUCUACAAGGAGCACGAAGACGUCGCGAACCGAUCCGACGCCGAGGUUGAUGCCUUCCGUCGUAAGCACCAGAUGACGAUUGCCGGCAGCAACGUCCCCAAGCCCGUCGAGACCUUCGACGAGGCUGGUUUCCCCCGAUAUGUCAUGGAUGAGGUCAAGGCCCAAGGUUUCCCUGCCCCUACCGCCAUUCAGUCCCAGGGUUGGCCCAUGGCUCUUUCGGGUCGCGAUGUCGUCGGUAUUGCCGAGACCGGUUCCGGAAAGACCCUCACCUACUGCCUUCCUUCCAUCGUCCACAUCAACGCCCAGCCCCUCCUCGCCCCUGGCGAUGGUCCUAUUGUCCUGGUCCUCGCUCCCACUCGUGAGCUUGCUGUCCAGAUUAAGCAAGAAAUCGACAAGUUCGGCCGAUCAUCUCGCAUCCGCAACACUUGCGUCUACGGUGGUGUUCCCAAGGGUCCUCAAAUCCGUGACCUCUCCAGGGGUGUCGAGGUCUGCAUUGCCACUCCUGGCCGUCUGAUUGAUAUGCUCGAGGCUGGCAAGACCAACCUUCGCCGGGUCACCUACCUUGUGCUCGACGAGGCUGAUCGCAUGCUGGACAUGGGUUUCGAGCCCCAGAUCCGCAAGAUCAUCAGCCAGAUCCGACCCGACCGACAGACUCUGAUGUGGUCUGCUACCUGGCCCAAGGAGGUUCGCGCCCUCGCCACCGACUUCCUUCAGGACUUUAUCCAGGUCAACAUUGGUUCCAUGGACCUCGCUGCCAACCACCGAAUCACUCAGAUCGUCGAGGUUGUCACGGACAUGGAGAAGCGUGACCGCAUGAUUAAGCAUCUUGAGAAGGUGAUGGAGAACAAGGAGAACAAGAUCCUCAUCUUUGUUGGCACAAAGCGUGUCGCCGAUGACAUUACUCGAUUCCUCCGCCAGGAUGGCUGGCCCGCGCUUUCCAUCCACGGUGACAAGCAGCAGAACGAGCGUGACUGGGUCCUUGACCAGUUCAAGUCGGCAAAGUCCCCCAUCAUGGUGGCCACAGACGUGGCCUCGCGUGGUAUUGAUGUGCGCAACAUCACUCAUGUGUUGAACUACGACUACCCCAAUAACUCGGAGGACUACAUUCACCGAAUUGGCCGUACUGGCCGUGCCGGUGCCAAGGGUACCGCUAUUACCUUUUUCACCACUGACAACCAGAAGCAAGCUCGUGACCUCGUCAACGUUCUCCAGGAGGCCAAGCAGCAGAUCGACCCCCGUCUUGUUGAGAUGACCCGCUACGGCGGAGGCGGUGGCCGCGGUUACGGUGGAUGGGGACGUGGCCGCGGCGGUGGCAGAGCCAACGCCAACAACAUGCCCAUCGGUAACCGUCGGUGGUAA